AUGGGAACGCUCUGCCGGCAGCAGCAGCAGCCCCAGCCCCCCGCAACCAGCCCGGGGGCCGGCAGGGCGCUGCCGGGGGCCCCGCUGCUCCUCCUCCUCCUUCUCCUCGCGUCCUCCGUGGCAGCUUGCAAAGGUGCACCAAUGCCAUCCCAGCCACUCGAGGCAGAUGAGGAUUUGCAGCUGUGGAAAGAGAUAGAGGAUGCAUGUUCUGCCUACCUGUCCUCAGAUUCUCAGCCACAGGCAUCCAGCACACUGGAAGAACUUUGUUUUUUGGUCAUGGGAUUUCUCCAGAAGCCACAGGGCUUAGAUGAAAAAGACAACACCAAAAGGUUCUUAUUUCAUUAUUCUAAGAGUCAUGACUCAGGCAACUCAGACAUCAGGUCAUCUGUCCUGCAUCCUUUGCUGCAACUUGUUCCCCAGCUUAAUGAGAGAAGGCUGAAGAGAUACAAAGUGGACGAAGAACUUCAAGGACCUGGAGGGAUUCAAAGCAGAGGCUACUUUUUCUACAGGCCACGCAAUGGAAGGAGAUCAGUGGAUUUUCGCUGA